CCUCGCUGCAAGACCCAGGCGGAGCCCAUGCUCGGGCCGCCGCUCCCGCCGCUGUCCUGCCGCAGCCGGGCGCCGGGGGCCGGCGGGGCCGUGCGGGGUCGCCCCGCGCUCAGCACGACGGCCGCGCCGGGGCAGGGGCGGCGGAGGGCCGGGCGGGCGGAUAAGCGAGCGCAGACGCCGGGCCGCCGCGGCCGCAGCGCCUUCAAGACAACAACAGAAACAGCCUUUGCGCCACGGCUCGGGGGACCCUUCCCAGCGCCCGCGGCCCCGAGCACGAGCGCGGCGCCCCCCGCCUCACGCCCGCCGGGGCCCCGGCCUCUCCGCGUCCCGCGCCCCGCGCCCGCCGCCCGCCGCCCCGGCCGCCAUCAACCGCGGACGCCGCUCGCGUGCCCGCGCCGCCCGCCCCGCGGCCUCCUCCGCGCCGGCCCGCGGGGGCCCGGCCCCGGCUCCCCUCCGCCCCUCUCGGCCGCUCGCCCGCCGCCGCCUCGGCUCCGGCCUCGCGCGCGGAAGGCGGCUCGGCGGCUCCUUCCGGGCCCUUCCCCCUCGGCGCGCCGCUCCUCGGGGCGCAGGCCCGGCCGGCCGCCCGUGCCCGCGCCGCCCCCCGGCCCCGCUCCGGCGGCGCGGCCCGCAGCCGGCCCCGGCUGCGGCGGGAUCCCCGGCUUUGCCCGGCCCGGCCCGCCGGCCGCCCCGGCUCCGGCCCCGGCCCCGGCCCCGGCUCGCCGAGGCAGCCCGCGCCGCCCCCACCGCUCCCCCUUCCUCGGCCCCGGGCCGCCUCCCCACUCUGUGCCCCUUCCCAGGUCCCCGGUCCCCCGCCGCCCGGCCCCUCCCCGCGGGCGCGCCUCUCUCCCGCCCCCGCGCCCCGCCGCGGCUCACCCGCUGGCCACCUCUGUCCUCAUCUUCGUCUCCAGAAGCGCGUGCGGCCUCCCUCCUGGGCGCCGGGAGCUCCGGAAACUGGCCCCGGCGUCUGCGGCCCUGCGCGGCCGCCGCGCACCCGCCGUGCGGGCAGAGGGCCGUGGCCGCGGCCGGCUGCGCUCCCGGGCACCGCGGUGCCCCCGGCGUGGUGCUUUUGAACCCGGGGGAAGAGCCUCUCAGGGCCGAUUCUAG